AUGGUUAUUUGCGAAUCGGCUCCUAAAAAGACUCCAGUCAAGAUUGCUGCUAAGCCAGUGCAAAAGAAGGCUGAGUCUAGCUCGGAAGACUCCUCGGACGAUGAACCAGCUCUUAAAAAGACUCCAGUGAAAGCUGCAGCUAAGCCAGUGCAAAAGAAGGCAGAAUCUAGCUCGGAAGACUCCUCUGACGACGAACCGACUUCGAAGAAGGCUCCAGCAGCUAAGCCAGCUCAAAAGAAGGUAGAAUCUAGCUCAGAAGACUCCUCUGACGAUGAACCAGCUCCCAAGAAGUCUCCAGUCAAGACCACCCCGAAGCCAGUUCAAAAGAAGGCAGAAUCUAGCUCAGAAGACUCCUCUGACGAUGAAACAGCUCCCAAGAAGCCUCCAGUUAAGACCACCUCGAAGCCAGUUCAAAAGAAGGCAGAAUCUAGCUCAGAAGACUCUUCUGACGACGAACCGACUUCGAAGAAGGCUCCAGCAGCUAAGUUAGCUCAAAAGAAGGUAGAAUCUAGCUCAGAAGACUCCUCUGACGAUGAACCAGCUCCCAAGAAAUCUCCAGUCAAGAUCGCACCGAAGCCUGUACAAAAGAAGGCUGAAGCGUCUUCUGAAGAUAGUGACGAUGAAUCAGCUUCGAACAACGUUUCUUUUAAGAAUUUGGUAACUUCUACUCCGAAGCCAACUUCUAAGAAAGUUGCGGAAGAAACAAGUGAUAGUUCCGAAGAUGAGACAGUUAUAAAUAAGUCUGUCAUAGCUCCAUCAAAGGAUAAAUCGAAAUCUGGUCAAAAGAAGGCGGAAUCAAGUAGCGACGACAGUGAAGACGAUGAACCGGCUCCCAAGAAGGCUCCAGUUAAAGCUGUUCUAAAACCAGUGGUGAAGAAAGCAGAAUCGAGCUCAGAAGACUCUUCGGACGAUGAACCAGCUCCCAAGACGGUUCCAGUCAAGACCACCCCGAAGCCAGUACAAAAGAAGGCUGAGUCUAGCUCGGAAGACGAUUCUGAUGAUAAGCCGGUUCCUAAGAAGGCCCCAGCCAAGAUCACACCUAAGCCAAUUAAAAAGAAGACACAAUCUGACUCAGAAGAUUCUUCUGACGAUGAACCAGCUCUGAAGAAGGUUCCGGCAGCCAAGCCAGUACAAAAGAAGGCAGAAUCUAGCUCGGAAGACUCUUCGGACGAUGAACCAGCACCAAAGAAGGCUUUAGUAGCUAAGCCAGUCCAAAAGAAGGUAGAAUCUGAUUCAGGAGACUCUUCUGAUGACGAACCAGCUCCCAAGAAGUCUCCAGUCAAGACCACCCCGAAGCCAGUACAAAAGAAGGCAAAAGCUAGCUCGGAAGACUCCUCGGACGAUGAACCGACUCCUAAGAAACCUCCAGCCAAAAUUGCAGCUAAACCAGUAAAAAGGAAGGCAGGAUCUGACUCAGAAGACUCUUCGGACGAUGAACCAGCUUCAAAGAAGAAUUCAGUCAAGGUUGCAGCCAAGCCAGUCCAGAAGAAAGCAGAAUCUAGCUCGGAAGACUCAUUGGACGAUGAACCAGCACCAAAGAAGGCUUUAGUAGCUAAGCCAGUCCAAAAGAAGGUAGAAUCUGAUUCAGGAGACUCUUCUGAUGACGAACCAGCUCCUAAGAAGAUUCAGGCGAAGAAUCCGCCAAAACCAGUUGCAAAGAAGGUUGAAACUUCGAGUGAAGACAGCGAGGAUGAACCAAAGAAAGCUCCAGUCAAAACUAACCUAAAACAAGUGGCUAAGAAAGCUGAAUCUGACUCAGAAGACUCUUCUGACGAUGAACCAGCUCCAAAGAAGACCCCAGUCAAGAGUACACCUAAACCAGUUCAAAAGAAGGCUGAAUCUAGCUCUGAAGACACUUCUGAUGAUGAAUCAGCUGCUAAGAAGACCCCGGCCAAGAUUGCAGCUAAACCAGUAAAAACGAAGGCAGAAUCUGACUCACAAGUCUCUUCUGAUGAUGAACCGGCCAUUACGAAGGCUCCGGUCAAGGUUGUGGCUAAGCCAGUCCAAAAGAAGGCGGAAUCUGACUCAGAAGACUCCUCAGACGAUGAACCAGCUCCCAAGAAGACUCCAGCAGCUAAGCCAAUUCAAAAGAAAGCAGAAUCUAGGUCAGAAGAUUCUUCUGAUGACGAACCAGCUUCCAAGAAGGCUCCAGUUAAAGCUGUUCCAAAACCGGUGGCUAAAAAAGCAGAAUCUAGCUCAGAAGACUCUUCUGACGAUGAGCCAGCUGCUAAGAAGGUACCAGCUAAGGCCACACCGAAGCCAGUCCAAAAGAAGGCAGAAUCUGACUCAGGAGAUUCUUCGGACAAUGAAUUAGCUCCCAAGAAGGCUUCAGCCAAAGUUCCAGCUAAGCCUGUGCAAAAGAAGGCCGAGUCUAGCUCGGAAGACGAUUCUGAUGAUGAACCGGUUGCUAAGAAGGCUCCUGUUAAGAUUGCAGCUAAGCCAGUCCAAAAGAAAGCAGAAUCUGACUCAGAAGACUCCUCGGACGAUGAACCAGCUCCCAAGAAGGCUCCAGUUAAAGCUGUUUCAAAACCAGUGGCCAAGAAAGCAGCUUCAAGUUCAGAAGACUCAUCUGACGAUGAACCAGCUCCCAAGAAGGCUCCAGCCAAGGUUGCAGCUAAGCCAGUGCCAAAGAAGGCUGAGUCUAGUUCGGAAGAUGAUUCUGAUGAUGAGCCGGCUCCCAAGAAGUCUCCAGUCAAAAUCGCACCGAAGCCUGUACAAAAGAAGGUAGAAUCUAAUUCAGAAGACUCUUCUGAUGAUGAACCGGCUCCUAAAAAGACUCCAGUCAAGGUUGCAGCUAAACCAGUGCAAAAGAAAGCUGAGUCUAGCUCGGAAGACGAUUCUGAUGAGGAACCGGCUCCUAAGAAGGCCCCAGUCAAGACCACACCGAAGCCAGUCCAAAAGAAGGCUGAAGAAUUUUCUGAAGACAGUGACGAUGAUGAACCAGCUCCCAAGAAGGCUCCAGUGAAAACCGUUUUAAAGCCAGUGGCCAAGGAAGCAGCUUCAAGUUCAGAAGACUCUUCUGACGAUGAACCAGUUCCCAUGAAGGCCCCGGUCAAGACCACGCCGAAGCCAGUGCAAAAGAAGGCAGAAUCUAGCUCAGAAGACUCCUCUGAAGACGAACCGACUUCGAAGAAGGCUCCAGCAGCUAAGCCAGCUCAAAAGAAGGCUGAGUCUAGCUCGGAAGACUCUUCUGACGAUGAACCAGCUCCCAAAAAGCUUAACGGUGUAGCCAAGCCCAAGAGGAUAUCAGAAGCCGACGACGCUGAUUCAGAUGACGAACCGAAAGCCAAAGUUGCCAAAGUUAAUGGAACACCGGUUAAUGGUAUCAAAAUGAACGGAACACCUGUUAAUGGUACCAAGGUCAAUGGGAUUAAUGGAGUUGCCAAAGUUAAUGGAGUUCAGUCGGAGCCAAGGAAUCUGAAGAGAAAGUUUGAAGCUGACGAUGAUGAGGAUGAAGAGCCGAUUAAGAUGACAAAGCUGGAGAACGGAGGGCAGGACGAGUACAAUAACAACAACGGAAGGGUAAGGUGUUUUCGAAAUAUACUAUCUAUUGAUAGUGUAUAUAAUAAUAUCAAUGUUUUGAUGGUAUAUUUAUAUUAUAAUAGACUUUUUGAAUGUAAUAAUGAAAAUAUUUGAAGAAAGUAAUGUUAUCCAUCUUUUCAGAGAGCCAGCUCACCAUUCCGUCGUGUCAGAUCGUCCAAGUACGAUGUUGAAGAGAAGUUCCGUGACAAUUCGUACAGAGUAAGUUUCCUUUUGGUUUUUUUUGAAAUUUUAGGUAACAAAUUAUCGAAUUCGACAUGAUUUCGGAGGCUGUGUUAGGCAUGGAAUGGGCCGGUCUGUUUGCACGAAAAAUGAAUCCAGGCCGGUCUGUUUAAGCGUAAAACAAAUCCAGGCCGGUCCUGAGCAAAAUUUUGACCAGGUCGGGCUUGAAAAAUGGGGCCGGCCCGUUCCCCGUGUCUAGGCUUUGUUGCUAUGAGAUUUGGUUUUUCGAAUAUUGGGCUUUCAAACGAGCUUUUAAUAGGUUUUUGCGAAAAAUUUUUAAUUUUAGGUAACAAAAAUCCGAAAUUUAGAAAAAAAUUGGUUUUAAUUUUAAAGUUGAGAUUAAAUUUGAUAUUUUCUUCGAUCUAUGACUACGACAUUACCAUUUUUGAUGUUUAGGUUUAACUUUAGGCUUUUAAAAAAUUUGUUACCUAAAAAAGUUAUAAAUCUGUUAUCUAAAAAAUUAAAAAAAUUCAUUUUACAAUUUUUUAAAGCUUUUCAAAUUCUAAUUUUGCCCAAUUUUCAGCCCAACGACCCCUGGGGCUUCAAAGCAGCCAAAGACUUGGGCGCAGUGCGCGGCAAGAACUUCCGCCACGAGAAGACGAAAAAGAAGCGUGGAAGCUAUGGAGGCGGCCGAAUUUCGAUGGAAGUUAAUUCGAUCAAAUUCGACGAGUAA